ACUAUAAUUAUCAAAAUUAAAUAAAUAGUAAGCGAACUCACGUAUUGCUGUAAAAACUAAUUGCAGCAUAAUCUUAAUACGCGCAUUUUAGAAGACUUUUAUAGAUAGUCAUAAAGUAUGAGCGAAGUGAGCGCCGCCGAUAAACUGGAAUAUGUCAAGUCAAAGAUUGGCAAGCACAUAGACUUUCCAAAAAAGGGCAUUGUUUUCCGCGAUAUAUUUGGCGCACUAACCGACCCCGAUGCGUGCGUUUAUCUGCGCGAUUUGUUGCUGCAACAUAUACGUGCCGCACAUCCCGAUGUGGAGCUGAUAGUGGGACUAGACUCACGUGGUUUUCUGUUUAAUCUGCUACUCGCCACCGAGCUGGGAGUGGGUUGUGCGCCGAUACGCAAGAAGGGCAAGCUGGCGGGCGAGGUUAUCUCUGUGGAGUAUCAACUGGAAUAUGGCACUGACACGUUUGAAAUACAGCGUGCUGCUAUCAAGCCCGGACAGAAAGUGCUGCUUGUGGAUGAUCUGCUAGCCACAGGUGGCUCUCUACGUGCAGCUACAGAGCUGGUGCGCAAAGUGGGCGGCGUGGUGCUGGAAAGCCUAGUGGUCAUAGAGUUGGAGGAAUUGCAGGGACGAAAGAAGCUGGACUGCAAUGUACAUUCCUUGAUUCAAUACUAAAACUGCCUAGAACAAAUUUACUGCUAUAAGUGCAUUUAGCUAUGAAUUUUGUACCUUUUAAAAUACCACUAAAUGAAUUUUUCUAUGAUAUAUGGUAAAAGUGUAAAGCAUUUCAAAGGUUGUACAAGAAAAUAAAUA